AUGCCAUUCAUUGUAAAUGGUGAAGUUGUCAUGAAGAACGACACAACAGUAUAUAAGUCUGUUCAUGAAGCGUUAGAAUAUAUGUUGAAUUAUAAUCCCGAAAGAUUUGACCCAAGCACUACGCCAUGUACAAUGCCUUUUAUUAAGGAUGGUGAAAUCGUAAGAGUUCCGGAUUCAACGGUUUACACAGCUGUUCAAAACAGUUUACAAAACAUUUUAGCGAAUAUCUUUAAUUCAGAAACUACAGAAAUAAAAUUACCAUAUAUAACAGAUGCUAAAGAAAUUAAAUCAAAAACGACAACAUUAUUUACGUCACUUAAUGAUUUAAUGACUUAUAUCAUUAAUAUUCCUGCACCAACUAUAGCAUUUGAUCCAAACUCGACGGUUUGCAGUGUACCUUUCAUAAAUGACAGUUCAUUAAUUACUUUAAGGGAUUCGACAGUAAAUGAAUCAUUAAAGGCGUCAUUAAUGAAAAUCAUUGAUUUUAAUUCAUUCACGAAUACAUAUAAUUCAUUCAUUAAUGUUUCAUAUGCUUCUAAAGAAGGUGAGCCAAAAACUAUCGAUAAAGCGGUGUAUGAAAUAAAAGCAUCAACGACGAAAUUGAAUUCGUUAACUUUUGACGGUGAUAGUUUCGUUAAUGACAUAACAUCGGGGAAAACAAUUUUAACGAAAGAAUAUUUAAAAUCUCAUGUUAGUGAGUUCGUUGAAAUUGAAAAAGAAGGUGGAAUUAAGUUCGAUCCACUGAAUUUCAUUUUCAGCUUAGCGAAUGCGGGUGUUAGUUUCGCUGAAUGGACAACUAUACAGAGUGAAAUAAAUGCAAUAUGGAC